AACGCAGCAGCAGCAACAGCAGCGCGCACAUCACAAACACACGCCCAAAACCGCACACAGAGGAGGCACAGUACUGAGAGCAGCGGAGACUCCCCGGUGCCGAACAAACACUCCCCUCCGCUCAGCCUGAAGGACGGAGCUCGCAGGGAAGGAGGCGAAAAGAGCCGCAACAUUUGGAAACAUCGAAACAAGGAAGUUGGAUACAGAGCGCAGCAGGAAGCAUGUUCAGCUGGGUCAAACAGGAGCAAGGUGGAAGCAACAAAGAAGGAGAGAUGUAUCAGACGGUAACGGAGGGACUGCAGACUCUCUACACCAAGAAGCUGCUGCCGCUGGAAGAGACGUACCUCUUCCAUGACUUCCACUCCCCGGCCCUGGAGGCUGCUGAUUUCCAGAGUAAACCCAUGGUACUGUUGGUCGGCCAGUACUCCACCGGGAAAACCACCUUCAUCAGGUAUCUAUUGGAGCAAGAUUUCCCUGGGAUGCGGAUCGGUCCAGAGCCAACCACUGAUGGCUUUAUAGCGGUGAUGUAUGGCGAAAACGAGGGGGUGGUCCCAGGCAACGCUCUCGUGGUUGAUCCCAAGAAACCCUUCAGGAAACUGAACGCAUUUGGAAACUCCUUCCUCAACAGGUUUAUCUGCUCCCAAAUGCCCAAUCAGGUUCUUCAGAGUAUCAGCAUCAUCGACACUCCUGGUAUUCUGUCUGGAGAGAAACAACGAAUCAGCAGAGGUUAUGACUUUGCUGAGGUCCUGCGUUGGUUUGGGGAGCGAGUGGACCGGAUCAUUCUCCUCUUUGAUGCACACAAGCUGGACAUCUCAGACGAGUUUUCAGAGGCCAUCAAAGCUCUCAAGGGUCAAGAUGACAAGAUCCGAGUUGUCCUCAACAAGGCAGACCAGGUGGACACCCAGCAGCUCAUGCGGGUGUAUGGCGCUCUCAUGUGGUCACUGGGGAAGGUGAUCAACACGCCAGAGGUGGUGAGAGUCUAUCUAGGCUCCUUCUGGGCCAAACCCCUGCAAAACACUGAGAACAGGCGUCUAUUCGAGGCUGAGUCUCAGGACCUCUUCCGUGACAUCCAGAGUCUUCCGAGGAAUGCUGCUCUCCGUAAACUCAACGACUUGAUCAAGAGAGCGAGGCUGGCCAAGGUGCACGCUUACAUCAUCAGCUACCUGAAGAAAGAGAUGCCGUCCCUGUUUGGGCGAGAGAAGAAGAAGGACGAACUGAUCCAGAGGCUGCCGGAGAUCUACACCAACCUACAGAGAGAACAUCAUAUCAGCCCCGGAGACUUCCCCAAUGUCACCAAAAUGCAGGAUAUGCUGCAGCACUAUGACUUCAGUAAGUUCCCAUCUCUGAAGGUAAAGCUGAUCGAGAAGGUGGAUAAGAUGUUAGCCUCAAAGAUCGCUGUUCUUAUGGCGAUGAUCCGGGAGGAGGAGUCCAAGCAGCCUCCUGCCAUGGUGUCGGGUGGUGCCUUUGAGGGCUCCCAGGAUGGGCCCUUUGGUCAGGGCUACGGUGAGGGAAUCAGUGCUGGUGCUGACGCUGAGGACUGGAUUGUCAGCCGUGACAAGCACCGUUACGAUGAGAUCUUCUACACACUGAUGCCUAUCAACGGCAAGAUCACCGGCGUCAAUGCCAAGAAAGAGAUGAUGAACUCGCGGCUGCCCAACACCGUGCUGGGGAAGAUCUGGAAGCUGGCCGACUGCGACCAGGACGGCAUGCUGGACGACGAAGAGUUCGCCCUCGCUCAGCAUCUCAUCAAGAUCAAACUGGAGGGCUACGAGCUGCCCACUGAGCUGCCCAUGCACCUGGUACCCCCGUCACACCGCAAAAACCCUACUGCAGAUGCCAUGUACAAUCACACUGAGGACUAGAGUGCUCAGGGGGUGCCAAGCAAGCUGCCGAAGAGACAGACUGAGCAGAGACGAGGUGUAACAAUGUAAAGAACCAUCACAGGUGGACAUGUCUGAGAACAUAUGAGCCACCUAAUGCUGCAGAAGGUCAAAGGGUAAAAUUUUUGUUGGAUACAGUCACCAAGACAAUGCAUUAGAGCCUAAUAAUGUUUGACUGUUUCGAGCAGCAGUCAAAAAAAAGCACUUUUAUUUUGGUAAGAUUUUACAUGAUGAGCAUUUCAAUGGAUUUAAAGGCACCAAAGAAGAAAACUGAUUGACGUUCUUAUAUAAUAUAGCCACAGUUGCCCAAUUCUGGGUUCAUCACUCACGUUCGCUUAGAAAGAGGGCAAGUCUUCAUAUUUAACCUUUAAAACUGACUUCUUGCAUUCAUUUCCUUUGUUUGUCUGAAGGUCACAGUUAGAACUUGGGUAAAAAUUGGAAGCCAACAUAUUUAAUCACCUGCAGUAUAUUAAUAUUCCUGCAACGCGUAGUUGAGCUUUCAGUCCUUACAUUUGAACUCUUUAGCUUUUCGUGUACAAAGGCCUCUUUCAAUCAUGUGUUAAUAAAGGACACCACUUAUGCAAAACUUAUGUUGCAAGUUUAAAUGCAUCUACUUGCUGCUUAAAGUGCCUGUAAUAUGCCUUCUGGAUUUUUCCCUAAUAUUCCAGCUGUUGCAGCUUUUUCCUUAACAAUGAGUUACUCUUUCACAGAAAAAAACUGCUCUAUGGCUGUGACUUAUUCUGGUGAAAACAUCUUCAGCACUGUGAGAGCUUUGUCUUUGAAAAUAUAAACAUAUCAAAGAUGUCUUCAUGAUGAUGUAAUGCUAAAAAUAAAAAUGGCUCCCGCAACAUCUUAAAAGCUGACAUAGUUUGUACUGAAAGAGCGGUCUGUAACGUAGAUUUAUUCCCCUUCCAUGCAGGGCUCACUUUGAGGUCAGAGGUCAGAGUCUGGAGCUCACUGCUAAUUUGCCCACAGGGAUGGACAGCGUCCUGAAAUGCAAUUAUCAGUAUGUGCUCAGUUGCUUCUGUUUCCUCACAUUGUAAAGGCAAAAGGAGACGAGGAGAGCCACGACCUCUGACCAGCACCGUGUGGUCUUAAGGUCGCCACUGUAAGCUUAAUCUGGGGAAAGUUUUAAACAGGAAAGAGUUUGCAGAAGACUGGCUGACUCUUAUUUCUGACCUUAUUUCUUCCUUCAUUUUUUAAAACGUCAGAUUUCAAAUGACAUCACAUCAGAACAAACCAGGAGAUCAAAACACGCCUUCGUAUCCUCCCUGGAACAUAAAACACUCGUCUAACCAAACAAAUCUAACAGUAACUUCAGUAUUUGAAAAACAUCCAGCCAGUAUUACAGAGUAUAACUGAUAUGAUGAUUGGGAGAAGGUAACUCAUGAUUUUAAGACGAUAUAAAAUUCACAAAUUGUAUUUUAAAGUGAAGAAUCACCUUUAAACCCACAGCAGACAUGAAGGGAAAACAGUUCCACAGCAGUGCCUUUCAUUUCAAAGCUUCUUAAGCUAAAAAUAAAAGUCUGUAGCUUUACUUUUUUUUUUUAGUUUAUCAGAAAAUGUGUUUUUAUUUGGCAUCACCAAACCACUGUUUCUAUUUUUAAUGUCGCAGUGCUUUUUACUUUGAGCAUGCCGUUUAAAGGCCUCUGUUCUAAUGACAGGACGGGGGUUGUCCUCGAGGAUUCGACAGGAGGUCCGCUUCACAUCAGUGCCUUUAAAAUGCAACUGUCAGUACAUGUCAUGUCCUGGGAGUCUAUCCCAGCUUUCAUGGGGUGAGAGGCAGGGUACACCCUGGGUAGGUCAACCAGUCUGUAACAGGUCUAACACAGAGAGACUGACGGCCAUUCAUGCUCACAUUCACACCUACAGCCAAUUUCUCCAGUCUCCAUCUGCAGUCUUUUCUGUCCCAGUCUGUGAAAGAAAGUCACACCUGUAUGAAGCAGCGGUCUGCUGGUUCAGGGAUGGAGCGGGAGUUAUUCCCUCAUGUUUUCUGUAUGGUUUUAUCUGUCCAGCUGUACAUGUAGUGAAAAGCUCACUCUAACUUUCAUUUAUCUGAAUGUAAAAGUUUUUAUUUUUUGAUCUGGAUGUAUUUUGUAUUGACGUUGUUCCAGUGUUGUUCUGGUGCAGUUCCACCUCUCAUCCUGUUAGUAGAGCUGCAAAUUAAAGUUAAUAAAGUUUAUUCAGUACAUGUG